GAGGCCGGGGAGAGCAUCCCUGCGCGGGAGCAGGCUGGCGCCUGGGGUGGGGGACGGGGAGCAUAGCAGGGUUGGACGGCCACAGGCUCUGAUUGGACUUUACACCCACGCAGUGGGGGGACCGCUGAAGGGUUUUAAGCAGGAGAAUGACUUGAGAAAUACAGUUAGAAAGUUCUCCUAGUAACUUCCCCAGCUCCUGUGACUUUUAUAUAUUACGAGUUUUUCAUUUUCUUAUAUUCAUACUUCGCCAGAGGGCACAUAUGCUUGCCACAGAGGGAGGGAGAAAGCACCUCCCAGUGGCAGUUGGGUCACCUGCAAUCCUUUCUCCAUGUCUCCAUCCUGCGGGGUUUGGGGACAUGCGUAUACACACCCCUUCAUCUGGACUGCAUACCCUGGAGUCCUCACCCUGUCCCUUCAGGGUGGCCCCUGGAUGAUGCUGGGCAUGCUCAGAUUAGCACAGGGUCCUCAUCUGCCCACAGGGCCGCUGCAUCAGACAACCCUUAGCCUCCGUGGCAGGAUGUUCGGUGGCCCCGGCCUUACCUGCUUGUAGCACAGCGCCCACCUUGUCUCCUGGUGGGAACUGCACUGUGCUGAGAAUCAGAACUAGAAUUUUUCAUUUUAUAUCAUUUUAUUCAUUCUUCAUUCAUGGUAUAGUUCAUUCAUUCAUGGUAUAGUACGUGUCUGCGUGAAAGAGAAAUUGGGGGGCGGGCACCAUCUGCAGGGUUUGGCCACAUCAAGUCCCCUUCUGGUCCUGGGUGCAAGCUCUCAGUGACUGCACCUCGUUGGUCCCGGCUGAGGGCUGGGCCCUCUAAGCCCAGGCUUCACACACAGGGGGGACUUGCUGCCCCGACCUCAGCUGCCAGGGUGUGGGCUUUCUUUCCUGGGUGUCUGCGUCAGUCCUGAGUAUUCCUGCGUCUUCUGUGAUGCUGAGAUGCCACUGGGCCCUGGAGGCUGGAUGGUGGCCUUAGAGGGACAGCCUCUCCCUAAGGGUUCAGGAAGGAUAAAGCUGAGGAUCUGGGGACUCGAGCUCAGGGGCUCCGGAAGUCUGGAGGCUGAGUGAGGUGGCACGCAGAGCAGGCUGUGAGUUUGGGGGAUUCGUAGUUGAACUGACAGGACCUGCUGUGCUGAGCCGAGCUGAGGUGGAGACCAGGGAAGUGCCGGGCUCAGCUGCAGGUCCGGAAAGGCCCCUGCCCGGGACGUUGGUUAGGGAGCAGCGCUGACCUGGCUCUCUGCUCCGUCCAGGUGAGGGGCCCGAUGUCCUGGUGUACAGCUUGGACCUCAGUGGGCACCUGCGGAUGAUGAGGCGGAUGCAGAACCUGCUUGGCCACUACCUUAUCCAUGGCUUCCGGGUGCGACCAGAGCCCAGUGGAGACCUUGACUCGGAGGCCAUGGUGGCUGUGUUUGGGAGCAAGGGACUCCGAGUUGUGAAAGUCAGCUGGGGACAGGGCCACUUCCGGGAGCUGUGGCGCUCUGGUCUGUGGAACAUGUCUGACUGGAUCUGGGAUGUGCGCUGGCUGGAGGGGCACGUGGCCUUGGCACUGGGUCACAACUCCGUGGCGCUGUACGACCCUGUGGUGGGCUGCCUGCUGCAGGAGGUUCCCUGCACCGACAGGUGCACCCUCUCCUCAGCCUGCCUGAUCGGGGACACGUGGAAGGAGCUGACCAUAGUGGCAGGAGCUGUUUCCAACCAGCUCCUGGUCUGGUCCCCAGCCACUGCGUUAGCAGACGACAAGCCCGUGGCACCCGACCGACGGGUCAGCGGGCAUGUGGGUGUCAUCUUCAGCAUGUCGUACCUGAAGAGCAAGGGCUUGCUGGCCACGGCUUCAGAAGACCGAAGUGUGCGCAUCUGGAAGGUGGGCGACCUCCGAGUGCCGGGCGGUCGGGUGCAGAAUAUCGGGCACUGCUUUGGGCACAGUGCCCGAGUGUGGCAGGUCAGGCUCCUUGAGAAUUACCUAAUCAGUGCGGGAGAGGACUGUGUCUGCUUGGUCUGGAGCCAUGAGGGUGAGAUCCUUCAAGCGUUUCGGGGCCACCAGGGCCGUGGGAUCCGGGCCAUUGCUGCCCACGAGAGGCAGGCCUGGGUGAUCACCGGUGGGGACGACUCGGGCAUCCGACUGUGGCACCUGGCAGGACGUGGGCCCCCAGGCUUGGGGGUUUCUGGUCUCUGCUUCAAGUCCCGUAGCAGGCCAGGUUCCCUCAAGGCCGUGACGCUGGCUGGCUCCUGGCGGCUGCUGGCAGUGACUGACACGGGGGCCCUGUACCUCUAUGACCUGGAGGUCAAGUGCUGGGAGCAGCUGCUGGAGGACAAGCAGUUCCGGUCCUACUGCCUGCUGGAAGCGGCCCCGGGACCCGAGGGCUUUGGCCUGUGUGCUAUGGCCAACGGGGAGGGUCACGUCAAAGUUGUCCCCAUCAACACUCCAGCUGCUGCUGUGGACCAGGCCUUGUUCCACGGGAAGGUGCACAGUGUGAGCUGGGCCCUGCGUGGCUACGAGGAGCUCCUGCUGCUGGCCUCGGGCCCUGGCGGGCUGGUGGCUUGCCUGGAGAUCUCUGCGGCGCCUUCUGGCAAGGCUAUCUUUGUCAAAGAACGCUGCCGGUUCCUGCUGCCCCCAAGCAAACAGAGGUGGCACACGUGCAGCGCCUUCCUACCCCCGGGUGAUUUCCUCGUGUUUGGGGACCGUCGGGGCUCUGUGCUGCUGUUCCCUUCCAGACCGGAUCUGCUCAAAGACCUUGCCAUCGGGGACAAGCCUGGCACUGGUGCAGAUGGUGGCAGUGGUGGGGGAGAGGAUACGUCGACUGGGUGGGGCCCUGUGUCUGUUCUUCAUUCUCUGCAUGGGAAGCAGGGUGUGACGUCGGUCACCUGCCAGGGCGGCUACGUGUACACCACAGGACGUGAUGGUGCUUACUACCAGCUCCUCGUGCGAGGGAGCCAGCUCCAGCCGGUCCUAAGGCAGAAGUCCUGUCGAGGCAUGAACUGGGUGGCUGGGCUCCGCAUGGUGCCUGACGGGAGCACGGUCAUUCUGGGUUUCCAUGCCAACGAGUUUGUAGUGUGGAGCCCCCGGUCUCAUGAGAAACUGCACGUCAUCCACUGCGGAGGGGGGCACCGCUCCUGGGCCUUCUCCGAUACCGAGGGGGCCAUGACCUUCGCCUACCUCAAGGAUGGGGAUGUCAUGCUGUACCAGGCCCUGGGCGGCUGCACCCGACCGCACGUGAUCCUGCGGGAGGGCCUGCAUGGCCGGGAGAUCACCUGCGUCAGGCGUGUGGGCAGCAUCACCCUGGGGCCUGAAUUCGGGGUGCCCAGCCUGAUGCACCCUGACUCCCUGGAGCCUGGCAGCGAGGGGCCUGGCCUCGUUGAUAUCGUCAUCACGUGUAGUGAGGACACCACCGUCUGUGUCCUCGCUCUGCCCACAGCAACGGGUUCAGCCCACGCGCUCACAGCUGUCUGUAACCACAUCUCCUCGGUGCGCGCCUUGGUGGUGUGGGGCGUUGGCACUCCCGGUGGCUCUCAGGACCCUCGGCCAGGCCUGACCGCCCGAGUGGUGUCUGCAGGGGGCCGGGCUGAGAUGCACUGCUUCAGUAUCCUCGUCACCCCCGACCCUAGCACUCCGAGUGGCCUUGCCUGCCAUGUCAUGCACCUCGCAUCUCACCGGCUGGACGAGCAGUGGGACCGGCAGCGCGGUCGGCACCGGACAGUCAAGGCAGACCCAGAGACCAGGUACAUGUGCCUCACUGUGUGUGAACUAGACCGGUCUGGCGUGGGCCCCCUCGUGGCUGCAGCCUGUAGUGACGGGGCAGUGAGGCUCUUUCUUUUGCAGGACUCUGGGCGACACCUGCAGCUCUUUGCUGAAACCUUUCACCAUAAGCGCUGUGUCCUGAAGGUCCACUCCUUUGUGCACGAGGCACCCCAGCAGCAGCGGAGGCUGCUUCUCUGCAGUGCAGCUACAGACGGCACCCUGGCCUUCUGGGACCUCACCACUGUGCUGGACCGAGGCUCCACUGCCCUGGAGCCUCCAGUGGAGCCUGGGCUUCCCUACCGGCUAGGCACCCCCUGUCUGACUCUCCAGGCCCAUAGCUGUGGGGUCAACAGCCUGCAUACCUUUCCAACACGCGAGGGCCACCAGCUUGUAGCCAGUGGCAGUGAAGACGGCUCCCUCCACAUCUUUGUGCUUGCUGUGGAGACACCCGAGCUGGAUGAGGCGGCAGGGCACGUGGAACUGCCCCAGCUGCGUGUGCUGGAGGAGUUCUCCGUGCCCUGUGCACAUGCCGCCCAUGUGACAGGCCUCAAGAUCCUGAGCCCGAGCCUCAUGGUCUCAGCCUCCAUCGACCAGCGGCUGACCUUCUGGCGCCUGGGGCACGGCGAGCCCACCUUCAUGAACAGCACAGUGUACCAUGUGGCAGAUGUGGCCGACAUGGACUGCUGGCCUGUGAGCCCCGAGUUCGGCCACCGCUGUGCUCUGGGCGGCCAGGGCCUGGAGGUUUACAACUGGUACGAUUGAGGCACCCCAUGGUGGCUGGUGUGCGGGGCACAGGCCUGCUCAAGACAGCGGCAAGGGACCAGCUUUGCCUGUGCCCAGUGUGGCAGGGAGGUGGCGGCCACAGGAGCUGGCAGAGAGCAGAGGGCCACCCGG